CGGUCCGUUGCAGAUCCGCUUUUGACUUCUCUUAUAAAAUAACAUUUUCUCCCACCUAAACAAUCUCCAAAGCGAAUGCUUAAUAGCAAACAUGCUGAAGAUUAGCCGUUAGACAGUCGAUGCGUUAAAUAAUAAACAGUUUCUCCAUUAAAUCAGCCUCCUAAUUUUACAUUAUUAAAAAUAGAUUAUUUUUUAAAGCCCUGGGAUCUUGUCGCUUGGAAAGGUAAAUUUAUUAAUGGAAAGCAGACAUCUUAUGGCCAGAUGGAAGUGAAAGAGGAAAGUGAAGAACUGAGUGCAGAUGAGAAAAGAAUGAUGAAAGUCAAAGAAGAAACCGAAGAACUAAAUGUGGAUGAGAAACCUCCUUAUCAAGAACUUUUAAGUUGGCCUAAAAUUGAAAACAGCUCAUCGUAUAAAAAAACACAAGCCAAGAAACCUGUAACUUGCCUCCAGUGUGGAAAGAGCUUCGCACAUAGAGGACACCUGAACGCUCACGUACGUGUCCACACUGGAGAAAGACCAUUCACCUGCUCGUUCUGUGGCAAGAGCUUCAAACAAAAAGAGUACCUGAAAGAUCACAUGCUAAUUCACGGAAAGGCGAUUUCAUGUCCUCAGUGUGGGAAGAAAAUCAGUAAUGAAAAGAGUUUGAAAAAGCAUAAUCUCCUACACACGGGAGUGAGACCAUUCGGCUGCGACCAGUGUGAAAAAACAUUCGUUUCAGCUUUCCAACUGAAAAGACAUCAGUCGGUUCACUUGAAGGAAAAGCCCUUCUCGUGUUCCUCAUGCGGAAAGAGUUUUACUCGGAUGGAUUGUUUGAAAGAGCACCAGAAGUUACAUAAUGGUGUGAAGGAGCAUGUUUGCUCUGUGUGCGGCAGCUGCUUUACUAAAGUGUACUAUUUGCUACAGCACCAAAGGAUCCAUACUGGAGAAAAACCGUACAAGUGUACACAAUGUGGAAAGUGCUUCACUCACCGAGCAUCACUGGCUACACAUGAAAGAGUCCACACUGGAGAAAGACCAUAUCACUGCACUUUAUGUGGAAAGAGCUUCAGCCAGUCGGCUGGUCAGCAGACUCACAUGAAGAAACACUGCUCUGUGAUGAAGAAGUGCAUUACAUUGGUUACAGUACAAUAAAUCAAUACAUGAGAACAAAAUAUUUAGGGUGAAAAAUUUAACUUUUUGAUCAGUUGAAGGCAAAAUUAUUAGCACACUAUUGAAAUGUUUGCAUUUUUUUCACAGCGGAUACCCUUCCAGCUGUAACCCAGUGCUGGGAAACAUCCAUACACUCUCAUUUACACUCAUACACUAUGGCCAAUUCAUGGCUAUGGUUUAUUCAAUUCAUCUAUAGCGCAUGUCUUUGGACUCUGGGGGAAACCAGAACACCUGGAGGAAACCCAUGCAAACAUGCAAACUCCACACAGAAAUGCCAACUGACCCAGUCGGGAACCAGCAACCUUGCUGUGAGGCGACAGUGGUAACCACUGAGCCACCGUGUCGCCACUUGGGACAUUUAAAAUUCACAGGAGCUAAUAAUUUUGACUUCAACUGUACAAUUAUAUAGUCCUUUUGAAAAUAAAUAA